AUGAGGACCAAGGUAACUACCACCGCCGCCCACCAGCCCCAUCUAUUGAAGAAAGAGUUGAGAGAGUCGAGAAUGCGUACCAACAAAUAUUAUGACCAGACGUUUACACAAUCGUUCCCCAGCCCAACACGGAGUCGUGGGGUAGAGGUAAGUAAAUCCCCGAGCAGUCCCAAUGGGGAACUGCUUUAUCUCAAUUACUUGGAUUACCUUCUGGAAAUCGGUCAUAGGCAUAUUUGAACAGCCUCUCUGAGU